AUGGGUGAAUCUCUGCUAGAGAACGGCGGAAUAGCUCGGAGGGAGUUUGGCGUUAGCGGAUAUGGGUUUCGAGAUGUGUUCCUCUUCGCCGGUUCGGUGGGUUCGCUGCGUGUCGUGAAAGCUCCGGUGGAUGGUGGUGUGGAGACGCGUGAGGAUGGCGGGUCCUCUGUCGAUUCACUAAAUCCCGAUGCUGGUUCGAACUUCCGACCAGGAUUGAAGUUUCUAGGGUUUGCGGAGGAGGAGGAUAGAGUAGGAAGAGUGGUCUCGUCUCUGGUGGUGGAAAUCUUUGUCACUAGUGAGCUGGUUGGUCUUUGGCUCUCAGUGGUGUGGCCGUGGGGUUAUGGACGUUUACUCACACCAAAUCUGGAAGAAGUGUGA